AUGGAGAUAGGACUUGAUCUUGCAGAGGUCGACUUUUCCUGCCUGUCCCCCUCCUCCUCGCGGGGUCUCAGCCCUGUCACGCGUCACCCCCAGCCUCGUCGACUUGAACGACUUGAACGCGCAGGGGCACACCGCGCAAGAAAGGGUCUACCGCACCCGAGCCCCGCCCUACGUCGGCCCGGGUCCGGCCUUCCGUCGCCGAAGAGGGAUAGGCGGAAAAGAGUGCGCGCGCCGGGCGCGCUCAUUCCCCCCAAUCUUCCGACUUUUGCUCGUCUCUACUAUCUGAACGAGCACGUUGACUCCCCAUUCCGUACGACUACUGAUUGUCGUGCAUUCCUAGCCCUAUCGUCAUCACGCCACGCCUCGACCCAUUUCGAACGCGCACCAUCAAUCGACACCAAACGCGUCUUAACCAUGCUCAAUCAUCCUCAUAACGACUGCUUACAACACCGGCUCACGCUCAUCUCCCCGCUUUCCCCCGCCGCCCAAGACGACGAGACGGCACUCGACCAGGCUUUGCACAACGACGAGAAGGGGUACGCGACCCCCUCGUCCUCGUCCGUGGACCCCCCAAGUAACCGGAGGCAAGGUCUCGCUAUCGCAGGCGAGACGCUUGACCAGCAAAUUUUUGGUGUGGCUCCGACCGCUGGAGCCCUGCGUACGCACCCUCGUCGGACGACGCGACGGGGAUACCCCUUGCAAAUCAUUCCACUGAGUCGCAAUCGCCGUGAGAGAGCGAAAUAUGGUCGAUUGGAUAGUAUCGACAUCGUCGAAACACUCGGCGAAUUUGGGGGUUUAAUUUCAUGUUCCCUCACUGCUGACCCCUUGAUCGAAUCUCGAAUGCAGCCACCGGCACGACGGCAGCAGAGGGGCGUCGUAAGCCAACCUUCACGCAAUCUGAAUGUUAAGCAAGGUCCUUAUUUCUCGACCCCCAUGCCGACUGAAAAGGCCACGAUUUUCUGCAGACCCCGAGCCGCCGGAGGCACGCGCGGGGUCCCUCGGCGAAGGAUGCGACGAGGGUGGGGCACCCUCCCCUUCCUCCUUCUCUACCCCGACGUCGGGCCGCUAUGGCCCCCACCUUUGGGGCAUUUUACGCCGACCCCGAGCCGCCGGAGGCGUGCGUGGGGUAUUCUAGGCGAGUUUCUGCUGACCCCGAGCCGCCGGAGGCAUGCGGAGGGUCUCUCGGCGAAGGCUGCGACGAGGGUUGGGCACCCUCCGCUGCCUCUCGAUAAGCGCGCCGGGGAACCUUUGACCCCCGUUUUUGCACCGCCUUUCUCGCUGGCCGCAAGCCGCCGAAGGUGCGCGAGGGGUUUUCUAGAUGCGGCGAGGGAGGGCUACUCUCCCUCGAGAAGUCUACGUAUGCCCUUCUUAAGCGCCAUUUCGGCUACUGGGAAGCCGCCGGAGGCGUGCGCGGGGCUUCAAGAGGAGAAAUGCGGCGAGGGAGGGGUAUCCUCCCUCGCAAAGGCCUUGUUAUUGACCGAGGUAGGCUGCGCGACGAGGGGCAGGGGUAUCGCUACCCCCUCCACUUCCUUUGAGGUCGUGCAGGUCGAUAUUUCGACCCGAGUCGAGAUGCAUCUGACGUCCUCUUCGACGCCACCUAGGCCGCUGAGUGACCGCCGGAAGCACGCGGGGCCUCGGAACUACCUCCACGAAGAACGCGAAGAGGGUGAGAUGCCCUCCUCAUCCCCUCCCCCCUUCAUCCCUCCCCUCUCCUCCCUUCAUCCCUCCCCCCUCCCCCGCUGCACAAUUCUUUUCGCGAGUGCGAGCCGUCGGAGACACGCGCGGGGUUCCCUCGGCGAAGGAUGCGACGGGGGUGGGGGAUCUUCCCCUCCACCCUUUUCCCUCAUGCCCCAAUCUCUCAGAGGCCGGAUUUAUAUCGACCUCAAACUUCCUGAAGCACGGGCGAGCCCCCUCGACGACGAGCACGAAGAGGGUGAGUAA